AUGUCUUCGCCUCCGACCGAUGAACCCACCCACGAGACGGUUCAGGAACAUCCUUCUCAGACACUAAGGCAAAAAAUAGUUGCGAAACUCCAUGGCCUUCCCGAAAUACCACUAGGCUUGCGCCUUUUCCCAAUCGUUUUCCUCUGCAAUUUUAUCGAAAUAUCCCAGGCCGAAAUAGUAAUCCUCUCGAGUGAUUGGUGGACAUUGUGCAUCCCCUGGUCCGUAAAGAGGAACACCUGGAAAUGUUCUGAAGCGGGCGGAGGAAUCACGUUAGCCGUCAUCAUCCAGUAUGGCUGGCCAGUUACAGGUGGGUCGAUAUUACUUUCCCUUCGAGACCUACUCACCUCGUAUCACUUGCUCAGGUCUCAUUGGAGCCAUUAUUGUUCCUCGCCUAUCCAAAGCGAAAAAUCGAGUCCAACUUCUUCGCGAUCUCGUCCGAGCCAAACUCUUGACCAUGUUCUGUUUUAUUUCUCUCUUCUGGGUGCGCUUUUGGCUCGCAGAAGACAUACUUUGUCUAGCCCUCAUCGUCGCGUCCUUCUUCAGCACCUAUGUCAUUAUCCUCGUUUGCAAGAUGAUGUAAUCUCACGGGUGAUCCAAAGGAUGGCCCAAUUAGCAAUUGUCCUGGGCGCAUACAAAGCCAGCUCCGCAGUCAGCUACGUCUUUGUCCGUUGGAUCAUGAAGAAUGUAGGGUUCCAGGCGCUAUUACCAAUACUGGUCGUUUGCUCUGGAGCUUUGGGCUUUUAUACCUGGAGUCCAUAUAUCGCUUAUUAUCCUUCUGAAGAUAACCAGGGUCGGAUAGUCGCACAACACGCCGUUUCCAGUCCGCCUCUAGAUAGGACGGAGGGAGCGAGAGACAUUAUCUCGGCAGAAUCGAGUCAUAAUGCUGACGAAAGGCGUCAUGGCGAAGAUGAGAGUCCAGAAAGCACACAAACUCCAUCGAGUGGCGCAAGUGGCUAUCUCACCGAUCAUACCAAACUGUUGAAGACGUCUUAUUUCCUCGGAGUGUUCGCUACUGGUUUCCUCGACCCAAUCGUCUUACCAAAUGAUCAUCCUGACGAAGCACCCUACGACCGCGUAUGUCCUUUGGCGCGAGGAUUUACCCUAGAAACUCUAAUACUUUAUCUAGUCGCGAUUCCUGCCGAAUAUGCCGAAUAUGUUACAAGCCGAGCGCUCGAAGAACAGCUAAAUGUAAACAGAGGAGUGAGUAUCUAUGAUUUGACAGUUGUCCAUAUAAAACUAAUAGGACUUUGUUCUGCUGUUUAUAAUUUUAGCGAAUUCGUGAAAGAACAG